AUGGAACUCGACGUCCUCCAGGCCCGGUUGGGCGACAUUCUCGAGCAAGCCUCGGUAUACUUCCAUAAAGUGCCUGGCUCUGCCGUGUUCAUUCGUUAUAUCCAGUCGAGUUAUCAGAAUGAUCCCGUGCGAUCCGCCAUCGAGCUUGUGCUGCUACUCUUUUUUAUUCGGUAUCUCCUGUCGCCUUCAUACUCGACACAUAAGCAGAACUAUGUCAAGCUGAGAGAGGAUGAAAUCGACGAGUUGAUUGAUGAGUGGCAGCCCGAGCCUCUCGUCGUCGAACAGACUGCAUUUGAGGUUGCUGAGACCGAACGCCUUCCUGUCCUUGUUGGUCCCACAGGCCCUAGAUCCAAGCUCGCCAAUGGCCGAACCGUGACCAACCUCGCAUCAUACAACUUCUACAACUUCAACGGCAAUGACCAGAUUCAGGAGAAGGCUAUCCAGGUUCUACGUACCUAUGGUGUUGGCCCUUGUGGCCCACCUCAGUUCUACGGUACCCAAGAUGUCCACAUGAAGACCGAAUCAGAUAUUGCCGCGUAUCUGGGUACCGAAGGUUGCAUCGUCUAUGCCCAGGCCUUCAGCACUAUUUCAAGUGUCAUUCCAUCGUUUUGCAAACGUGGCGAUGUCAUUAUCGCUGACCGCAAUGUCAACUUCUCCAUUCGAAAGGGCCUCGAGCAGUCACGAAGCACCAUCCGCUGGUUUGAGCACAAUGACAUGGACGAUCUAGAGGAUGCUAUGCGAGCUGUUGCUAAAGAGCAGACAAAUGCUAAGAAGCUCACUCGUCGUUUUGUCGUCACCGAGGGUCUGUUUGAACUUUCCGGAGACUCUAGUGAUUUGCCCCGCUUGGUUGAGCUGAAGGAGAAGUACAAGUUCCGUGUUAUUCUUGAUGAGACCUGGUCUUUUGGUGUUCUUGGUCGUACGGGUCGUGGUAUUACCGAGGCUCAGAACGUGGACCCCCAGCAAGUUGACAUGAUCAUUGGGUCUCUUGCCGGACCUCUGUGUGCUGGUGGUGGUUUCUGUGCCGGACCGAAAGAUGUCGUUGAGCAUCAGCGUAUUACCUCUUCUGCCUAUACCUUCUCUGCCGCUCUCCCUGCCAUGCUGGCCGUUAUCGCUAGCGAGACCCUUAAUCUGCUUCAGUCUAACCCUGAAAUCCUGUCACAAUCACGCGAGAAUAUUAAGGCGAUGAAGGCGCAGCUGGAUCCCCGCAGUGACUGGGUCGUCAGCCCCAGUGAUCCCGAGAACCCCAUCAUGCUCCUAAUCCUCAAGCCUGAAGUUGUUACUGCGCGAAAGCUGGAGCUGGAAGACCAAGAACGCAUCCUAUCGGACUGCGUGGAAGAGGUUCUUGCCAACGGUGUUCUGAUCACAAGGACUAAGACUAGGCCCUAUGCCCAUGCGAUUAAGCCUAAGGGUGAUGCGUGGUUUGCCCAGCCCGCGCUUCGCAUCUGUGUCACAUCCGCCUUGUCCAAGAAAGAUAUCGAGAAAGCUGGCGUGACUAUUCGACAUGCCAUCACCAAGGUUAUGACGCGCAAGACGAGUAUCAAGGCUGCUUGA